AUGUCGUUCAAGAUCGUAGUUCUCCUAUCCAUCCUGGCUGCGGUGAUCGCUUGUGCUCAGGCACAUGCUAGUCUGAGGAGUCACUUGGUGCGGCCACUACCGAGAUACCUGCCCCGCCCGAGCUAUCCCAACCUUGGAGGUGCUCGUAUCGUCGGUGGGUUCGAGAUCGACGUGUCCGAGACUCCGUAUCAGGUGUCUCUGCAGUACAUCAAUAGCCACCGUUGCGGUGGAUCCGUGCUGAACAACAAGUGGAUCCUGACUGCGGCUCACUGCACGGAUGGUAUAUCCCUUUCCGCCCUGGCAGUGCGCCUCGGAUCUUCCAAGCACGCUUCCGGUGGAACAGUGGUGAAGGUGGCAAAUGUCGUCCAACACCCGAACUACGAUUCAGAGACUACCGAUUUCGAUUUUGCGCUCCUGGAACUGGAGGGUGAGCUAUCCUUCAGUGAUGUCGUGCAGCCGGUCGCUCUUCCGGAGCAGGAUGAACCCGUUGAGGAUGGAACUCUGACGAUCGUCUCCGGAUGGGGUAACACCCAGAGUGCCGCCGAGUCCAACGCUGUACUGCGAGCUGCCAACGUGCCCACCGUCAACCAGCAGGAGUGUGACCAGGCAUACAAGUCUUUCGGAGGAAUCACCGAUAGUAUGCUGUGCGCCGGAUACAAACACGGUGGAAAGGACGCCUGCCAGGGAGAUUCCGGUGGCCCGUUGGUUGCCGAGGGCAAGCUGGUCGGAGUCGUAUCCUGGGGAUAUGGAUGUGCCAAGCCUGGAUACCCUGGCGUAUACUCUCGUGUCGCUGUCGUCCGUGAGUGGGUGCGCGAAAACAGUGGAGUUUAAAUGAUUUUUAAUGGGAAAAGCAACUAUUCGAAGAAAAAAAGAUAUUUAUAAAUUAAACGAUUGUUAACCUACAUUUUUUCUGGAUUUUAAUGACCUGCGUUUAAAAAGCGAUGACUCAAUAACUACAAAUGUACUAAUUGUUCUAACAGCUGUAAACAUAUUCAGAACAAGCUGACCUAGCGAAAUUCGCCUUGUCCAACAUUAGUAAUAUGCUAAAAUUUGAUAAAAAAAAUAAACUAAUCAUUUG